AUGGCUACAUACGCAUAUAAAGCCAACCCUAAUGGGCACUGCCGUCUGUGUACGGACAAAGACAAGAAAGAGGACAUGGUCGCAUGCGAUGAAUGCGAUCGGUGGUUCCACAUUUCAUGUGUGGGACUCACAUACCUACCCAAGAAAGAUGAAAGGUGGGUAUGCCCUAAGUGCAUGAGCACAGAAAGGGAAAUGAUGGAACUGAAAGUCAAAGUCAGACAAUCAGUUUCCGGAGACAGCUUGCAAGAAAUUUUGCAAGAGAACAGAGCAGCAAUGGAGGCUCUGGUAAAGUCCAUGAGGACAACGAGAUUCGAAGCUGAACCAGGUACAAGUUCAGCACACAAUAAUGACAGCAUCGAAGGUCAAAAUCAGGAGGCAGAGCCAGAAUGGACUGUCUACCUAAAGCGACAAGCACUCAUGAGCUUGCCAAAAUAUGGAGGUGCGGCCAGAGAAUGGCCGAAAUUUAAAAAGGCCUUUGAUGAGACCACAAAACAAGGUCAAUUUAACAGGCUUGAAAAUUUGAAUCGCCUGCAAACAGUGCUGUACGGGAACGCAGAGAGGAGCGUCCGACAGUUAAUGAUGGAUCCAAAUAAUAUGGACCAAAUAAUUGAUAGACUAGAAGAUAAUUUCGGAAGACCCGAACUAGUCUAUAAAGAACUACUAACCGAACUCACCAAUAUCAAAAGGGAGAGUCGGAAUUUGAUUACCGAGAUAUCCGAAGCACUGGAUAAUCUCGUCUGUAAUGUUUCUCUUAUGGAUAGAGAAGAAUUCCUGAUUGACCACCGAUUGGUGGAAGAGAUCAUAAGGAAAAUGCCCUACGGUCUACAGGUGAAGUGGACUGAAGAAAUGUACGACGGGGCAAAGACUUUAGCUGAUCUCAAUGAGUGGCUGAAGCCUCAUUCGAGAACCAAUAGACUGCUGAAUGGCACCAGCAGGCCGCAGCCGCGAGAAACAAGCAGACCGCAGCCGCGAGAAAUUAACAGAUCGCAGCCGCGAGACACGAGGCCUGAGCGUCGAUUUAACGUAAAUACGCAUCAGGAAAAUAGAUCGACAAUAAUAAAACGCAAUUGUGAAGCAUGUCGGGGAAACCACAAACUCCUCGAAUGCACCAGAUUUAAGGCUAUGAAGCCUGAAAAGCGAAAUGAAUUAGCCUUUAAGGCAAAGGUAUGCUUGAGCUGUCUCGCAUUUACAAACCAUAUGAUGCGAGACUGCAAAAGAGCAAAACAAUGUGGAAUUAAUGGAUGUAAGUUCAAACAUCAUCCAUUAAUUCAUAAAUCUCAUGAGAGAGAAUCAAGUGAUUCAAAUCAGUCGGAAGGACAGCAUAGUCCAGAUACACAAGCAGAUGGUGAGAUACACAAUCACCAACAACUAACAAAAUCCAACGUAUUCUACCAAAUAGUUCCUGUGACGUUGAAAAAUAAUGACAAAAUCAUCAACACGUUCGCUUUCUUGGAUGCGGGGUCAUCACUCUCUCUAAUAGACGAGGAGAUUGCGAACAAGUUAGGGCUCAACGGAAGAAUUGAUCCGUUAAUGCUAAAGUGGACGCAGAACGUCACGAGAAACGAACAAAACAGCCGUAGAGUUCAGGUACGAAUCAACGGCAACAAUGAAAAAGAAUACGUCAUGAAAGGAGUGAGAACGAUAAAGAAUCUCCAACUCCCAGAGCAAAGCUUCAACAAGGAGGUGAUGGAGAAAAGGUAUCCAUACCUCAAGAAUCUGCCGUUGAGCAGUUACAGCAGUAUACGCCCGACGAUAUUAAUUGGACUGAGUCACAGUCACUUGUUAAUUCCAUUCGAAAGGCGAAUGAGAAAACCGAACGAGCCCACAGCGCUACGAACCAAACUUGGAUGGUUCAUGUUCGGCAACAUAUCGUCCAAUGUGCAAGGCGGACACAUCAUGGUCAUUCAGCAAGAAGAUGAAAUGAACAAGGCUUUGCAGAAAUAUUUCUCCACCGAAGACUUCGGCGUUAAGGUAGUCAAGAAUCUACCAAAAUCAGCUGAAGAAGAAAAGGCUGAACAAAUUCUAAGAAGUACUAUGAAAUACAAGGAUGGUAGAUACGAAGUUGGACUUCUAUGGAAAGAUGAGGAAACGAAAUUUCCAAAUAGCUACAACAAUGCAGCAAAGAGGCUGACAACGAGUGAGAGAACGUUAAAAAAAGACCCAGAGUUGAAAAAAUGGGCAAUAGAAACAUUUGCGGAUUACGAGAAGAAAGGCUACAUCCGCAAACUGUCAGAGGAAGAAAUUAUGAAGCCGAUAUCAAGAAUGUAUUAUCUUCCACACUUUAUUGUGCACAACAAAAAUAAGUUGCCACCUAAACCAAGGUUGGUUUUCGAUGCGGCGGCAAAGACACAAGGUGUAUCGUUCAACACGGAACUGUUAUCAGGGCCGGAUGCUACUACGUCAUUGUUCGGUGUUUUAGUAAGAUUCCGAGAAGGAGCAAUUGCUGUAUGUGGAGACAUCAAAGAGAUGUUCCACCAAGUACGAAUCCGAGCUGAAGAUCAACACGCUCAGAGAUUCUUAUGGAGAGAUUGUGAUAGCAGUAAGAAACCUGAUGUAUACGUAAUGCAGGUGAUGACAUUCGGAUCAACCUGUUCACCGUCAUGUGCACAAGCGGUUAAAAACCACAACGCAGAAAAAUUCAGAAAAUAUUGUCCAGUGGCGACUGAAGCAAUCAUCAAGCAACACUACGUCGACGAUUAUUUGGAUAGUUUCGAAGAGCUUGAUAAGGCAGCAGAGAUAGUACUACAUGUUAUGAAAAUUCACGAUCACGCGGGUUUCCACAUCAGAAACUUUGUGUCAAACAGCAGAGAACUUCUGCAAAGUUUACCCUCGGAACGUGUACAAAUUUCCGGAAUCAAAAUGUUCGAAGAAAAGGAUUCAAUGACAGAAAAGGUACUUGGUGUAUAUUGGAACACCACGUCUGACACACUCGGCUAUCAAAUCAAAUUAGACAAGCUAGGAAGUGAUGUUACACAAAUGCUACGUUUACCAACAAAGAGAGAGGUACUAGCUUUCGUGAUGAGUGUCUACGAUCCACUUGGACUCAUCUCAAAUAUAACUGUGCAUGGAAGAAUCCUCAUGCAAAGGCUGCACAUAGAAAAUAUAGAUUGGGAUGACGAAAUUCCCGAGAAGUUGCAGUCAGACUGGCAACACUGGUUAGAAAUUAUUGAAUCUGCUGAUAGCGUAACGAUACCAAGAUACAUCCUCGAAGAAAGAACAGGUGAAGUAGAACUACACACCUUUGUAGAUGCUUCUGAGAAAGCAUUUUGUGCAUGUGUGUACGUAAGAAGUAUAUCUGGAAACACACCACACGUAAGACUUCUAUCAGCAAAGUCUAGAGUAGCACCAGUCAAACCAUUGAGCAUACCACGCCUAGAGCUACAAGCGGCCGUGUUAGGAAGCCGAUUAACCAAAACGAUAAUAGAUGAAACGAGGUUGAAAAUCGUCAGCAAAACAUUUUGGAGUGAUUCACAGACCGUAUUGUCAUGGAUCAAGAGUCCAAAACGAAGAAGCGUAUUUGUGAUGCAUCGAGUAGGUGAAAUCCUGGAAGAUAACAGGAAAAAUGAAUGGCGAUGGGUGCCAACAGAUGAAAAUCCAGCCGAUGAAGGCACAAAGGAAAAGCUAGGAAAAUCACAAUGGUUUGAGGGACCUGAUUUCCUAAAGCUCUCAGAAUCGUCAUGGCCUUCCAUUGAAGAGAAGGAAACAGACGAAGAGUUGAGAGAAACAGUGCUAGUUCACGAAGAACUAAGCAAACUUAGUUUCAUCGAUAAGUACAAGGAAUACUCAGAUUGGUGGAAAUUGGUGAAGAACCUUUGUGUAUUAAACAGGACAAAGGAAAGAUUACGUCGUGGAUAUAUUCCAGACAUUGAGUACAAGGACUACCAAAGAGCUGAGAACGUGCUCUAUAGAAAGAUGCAAUGGGAAGCAUUUCCAACAGAGAUGGAAACUUUAUUCAAUGGCGGAACAAUAUCGUCAGGACCAUUGGUCAGUUACGCACCCUUCCUAGACGAGGCAGGGGUAAUGAGAAGUGGAGGACGUUUGAAGAAAGCCAUGUCAGUACCAUGGACUACAAGAACGCCAAUAUUGCUCCCACAAAAGCAUCCAUAUACAUAUUUGAUCGUGAAAGCAACACACGAAAGAUAUUUCCACCACGGCGAAAACACCGUCAUAGCAGCAUUACGGCAGAAGUAUUGGAUACUGCAUAUAAGAACAGUAUUAGCAAACGUCAAGAAGAAUUGCAAUAGGUGCAAAAUACGACGUGCAACUCCGGUAGAGCCGAUGAUGGCAGAUUUACCACAUUUCCGCACAGAAGCGCAUAUACCUCCAUUUACAAACUGCGGAGUAGAUUACUUCGGACCUUUCGAAGUAGCGGUAAAGAGAUCGCUCGAGAAGAGAUGGGGCGUCAUAUUCACCUGUCUCUCAACAAGAGCAGUACAUAUUGAGAUGGCAGAAAAUCUCAGUACUGAUGCGUUCAUGGUCGUGUUAAGGAACUUCCAGAACCGAAGAGGAAAGGUCACCAGUAUCUACAGCGACAACGGAACGAACUUCGUUGGAGCAGAGCGAGAGUUAAAGUCGCUAGUCAAUGAAAUCAACGAGAAGAUGGGCAAAAAUGAAGCAGCAAAAAUGGAAAUCCAGUGGAGAUUCAACCCACCUUCAGCACCACAUUUUGGAGGCGCUUGGGAGAGAUUAAUAAGAAACGUCAAAGUAGCACUAGCAGAGAUCCUGAAAGUUUGGGGUAGGAGCAAGCCAUCAGCAGCAACGUUGCAAGCUGCAUUCAUCCAAGCGGAAUUUUUAGUCAACUCUCGACCGUUGACACACAUACCAGUCUCCUGCAUCGACGAUGAAGUGUUGACGCCAUUCCACGCGUUAAUAGGAAGAGCAGGAGAGUAUGCCCCACCGUAUGCACCAACGACCAGUCAGUAUGACACAGCGCAAUGGAGACGCAUUCAACAUUAUUCCAAGUUGUUUUGGAACCGAUGGAAGAAGGAGUACUUACCAACUCUGUUAAAGCGUAAUAAAAAUACGCAGAAAGUAGAACCGAUCAAAGUCAACGACAUCGUCUUAAUCACGGACGACGACGCACCACCAGGAAAAUGGCUUAAAGGACGAGUCAUCGAAACGUUUGUGGCGAGCGACGGGCAAGUUCGCCAAGCAAAGAUCCAAACCGCGAAAGGUGUCCUGAACCGGCAGUUAAAAUUGCAGUACUGGACAUUAUCAAGGGAAAUGAUCCAGCCAUCAACUAAUCAGGAAGAAGACGUCAGUGCUCGCUACCAGAGCACCAAUAUCCGAAAGAUGCAGCCAACUGAUGUAAGCUCGCGUCAGAGCUAA